UCCAAAACAACAAUCCACAUCUGCGCAAACACGAGUCAGGCUGCUGACUCUGCUGAAGGCGAGGGAGAAGCUAGGCUUCUCCACAAACUCGACCUAUUGACAAGCCUCGUGCAAGACAUGGUGCCCGUUGUCAAAACUUUACAAGAGUCUCACGAUGCCUUGCUAUUGCAAGAUGUGGAUGAUGUCAACGCUCGCCGUUGGCUGAAAGCGAGAAUGAGGAAGGGCCUCCGCCAAAGCGACCCAGAAUCACGCCACAACCGGACGAACAACCCCGUUCCAAAACGACAGAUACUACUGGCAAAGUGGAUUCACUUGUCACCGAAGUGACCGAGGGCGAAGUCACGGGGCCAGCGAUUUCGGAAAAAAUCGCAAACGUUCUUAACAACAUCCUCGCCAGUGGUCUUAAUGAUCAAGCCACUAAGCGGCGAAAAGAGAACAUUCAUAGGCCCACAAACAGCACAUUACUUGCCCAAACUCGUGUCAAUUCCGAGAUUUGGGACAUCGCUAAAAAGCCAACACGAAGCAUGGAUGCUAGACUUCAAGCUUUGCAAGACACCCUGAUUAAAGGGCUUAUUCCUCUUGCAGACAUGACAGGAAAAGUGGGUGAAUCUUUGGAUUCAGGCGCUGCAAUGCCAACCAAAAGAGACCCUAUGGGAAGCUCUAUCAAUUCCCUUCUUCUUUGCGGCGGCUAACCACAGCUUGAAUAUUUGCCGCCGUGACUUGUUCAAAACAGAUUUAGAUGACAGCUACAAGGCCUUGUGUAAUAACAAGCACCCAAUUGGAAGUGAACUGUUUGGUGACGACCUAGCGAACGGCUGAAAACAGUUACCGAGAGUAACAAAGCAGCCAAACAGCUUACAAGAUCCAACAAGCCAAGUUCUCAGAAGUAUAAAGGGCCAUCACGGUCUUUUUGGGCCAAAGGGGCGCAACCAGCGCCCCCUUCAACCAGUACAGCAACCAUGGCAGAGGCUAUCAGAGGAGCAAUCACCCCUCAUACAGGAAGGAACCUCGCAAAAACCGAGGCGAAAACAAUGAAACAGACUGUGAAACAGUCAUGACUCAACCUAAGGUAAGCUCUGUACCCACCCUUAUUACUGGUGGAAGAAUUAAGAAUUUUCUGGCCAAGUGGCAAGAAAUUACCUCUGACAGAACUAUUCUGUCCAUCGUACAGGGCUACAAACUUGAGUUUUAUGACAUACAGCCUGUUCAACUAGGUAGAGUUAGACCUACCAUUCUGUAUACUGAGGCAGCAGUGGCCUUAGAUCAGCAGAUUCAAAAUUUUUUGUCUAGGGGUAUCAUUGUUGAGUCCCAACAUGAAUCCACCGAAUUCAUAUCCCCGUUUUUCUCCGAGCUAAGAAAAAUGGGAGUUUCAGAAUGAUUCUGAAUUUGAAAGAAUUCAAUCGCUUUAUUGCUUACCAUCAUUUUAAGAUGGAUAAUAUUGAAACCUGUGUUCACUUGAUGAAACCUGGGUGUUUUAUGGCAUCUAUUGAUCUUUCAGAUGCUUAUUUUUCUGUACCUGUUGACCGGUCACAUCAAAAAUAUCUUAAGUUUUUAUGGAAAGGAAAGCUUUAUCAGUUUACUUGCCUUGCGCAGGGCCUUGCCUGUGCUCCCAGAGUGUUCACCAAAUUACUCAAACCUGUGUAUGCAUACCUCCGACUCAAAGGACAUGUUUCUAGUGGGUAUUUAGACGACUCCUUUUUAGAAGGAGACACUAGUGUGGCCUGCUCAUCCAAUGUCCAGGAUACCUUAACCCUUUUAGGGGACUUGGGUUUCUGCCCUAAUUUGGCUAAAUCAGUUGUCCAACCUACACAGAUCCUUGAACAUCUGGGUUUUAUUUUAAAUUCCUUAGACAUGUCUGUUAGCAUAACAGAUCACAAUUUUGGCAAGCUACUUGCCUCAGCACAUCAGGUAUUGCAAUCUACAUCUGUUCCUGUUAGACUGGUUGCUCGUUUAGUGGGCAUUAUGGUAUCUUUUUUCCCUGGUGUAGAGUAUGCUAGACUUUUUUACAGACAACUUGAGAUUGAAAAAUCAACUGCUCUAAAAAAUUCCAACUGGAAUUUUGAAAGUCCUAUGAUGUUGUCUGAAACAGCAAAAAAUGACAUAGUCUGGUGGAUGAACCAUGCCAAAACAUGCAAAAGGAAGAUUAGUCAUGGGAAAAUCACAAGAGAACUCAAAACAGAUGCCUCUACCCAAGGGUGGGGAGCCUUUUCAGAUGGGAUUUCCACAGGUGGCAGGUGGUCCCCGGAAGAAGCUCAACUGUAUAUUAAUGCCCUAGAGCUCCUCGCUGUUUUUUGGGGCCUCAAGGCUUUAUGCCCUUCAGAACAUCACUGCCACAUUAAAGUUCUGUCUGAUAAUACCACCACUGUAUCAUAUCUGAGGAACAUGGGGGGAUCCCAUUCUACCCCUUGUAAUGAUAUCUCCAGAGACAUAUGGCUUUGGUGCAAGGACAGAGAUAUCUGGAUCACACCUGCACAUAUCCCUGGGGUCGAGAAUAUCGAAGCAGACUCUGCUUCCCGGGUUUUUAAUGACAAAACAGAAUGGAAACUAGACCAACCAGUGGUGUCAGAAAUUUUUUCCUUAUUUGGCAAACCUGACCUUGAUUUAUUCGCAUCCAGACUUAACCAUCAACUGUCUCGUUAUGUUUCAUGGAUCCCUGAUCCUAAUGCUGUUGGAGUAGAUGCUUUUACAUUAGACUGGGGAACACAAUAUAACUAUGUUUUUCCUCCCUUCAGUUUAAUUUCACAAGUUCUACAAAAGGUGGAGGAGGAUCAAGCAGAAGCAAUCAUGAUAGCCCCUCAUUGGCCAACACAGUCCUGGUUUCCCAAAUUAACAAGACUUCUGGUGCAGACCCCAGUGCUACUCCCCAAUCGUCCCAACAUCGUACACCUCCCCUUCAACCCAGGGAAAGAACACCCAUUGGGGCAAAACUGCUGCUGAUGGCAUGUCACUUAUCAGGGAAAGUCUCCAAAAUAAAGGCAUUUCAGCGAGGGCUCAAGAGCUCAUUCUGCAGUCCUGGAGGAAGGAACCCAGAAACAGUACCGAACAUACUUACAGCGGUGGACCACAUUCAGCAGUGGACGGAAUACUGAUCCCAUUCAACCAGCUAUAUCAGAAGUCAUAGAUUUCUUAACUGAACUGUUUGAUAGUGGACUCGGCUACAGUAGCCUGAAUACUGCUCGUUGUGCUCUAUCAUCUGUUAUCCACCUAGAUGAUAACAAAACUGUGGGUUCUCACCCAUUAGUUAACGUUUUUUGAAGGCUGUAUUUAACAAUAGGCCUAGUAUACCUAGAUACCAGUGGUCUGGGAUCCCACAAGCGUUUUGACAUACCUUCAAACAUUUCCACCGCUGGAAAGCAUAAGCCUUAAAGAGCUUACCCAUAAGCUAGUUAUGUUAAUAGCACUGGUUACAGGUCAGCGAUGUCAGUCUUUCCAUCUUAUGGAUAUUACUAGUAUGCAGAAAAAUACUGACCACUAUAAAUUUAUUAUUAAGGAUAUUGUUAAGCAGUCAGCUCCAGGCAGGAAUCUACCAGAGCUUAUCCUUCCUGCCUUCCCAGCAGAUGGCAGGGUUUGCGUUUACUCAGUUCUCUCAGAAUACAUUAAGUGUACUGCACCCCUUAGAGGUGGAGAAACCAGACUCUUUAUUAGUUUUGUUAAACCCUACCAGGCCGUGUCUAGGGACACUAUUUCACGUUGGAUUAAGAAUGUUAUGAUCAAGGCUGGUAUUGAUGUGGAAGUGUUCAAACCCCAUAGUACCAGAGCUGCUUCUACCAGCAAAGCAAAUGCAUGCCAGGUGCCUAUAGAUGUGAUUCUUAAGGCAGCGUCUUGGAAAGGAGAUUGCACUUUCCGUAAGUUUUACAACAAACCUAUU